AACGUUUCACACACCAAAAUGCACAACAACGACCACAUACCCGUUCACCACGUCCAUGGUCCGAACCCGAAACCCAUGAAACUGAACCGCCACCGCUCGGUCCGUUACUACGUCCAUCGGGUCCACGAAAGCCUCACAACGCGGGUCUCCAAAAUGAUCUGCGCCGCAUUCUUGGGCCUCCUUUUCAUUUUGGGCCUCAUCACAUUCAUCCUCUGGCUCAGUCUCCGGCCCCACAGGCCCAGGUUUCACAUCCACGAGUUCAACGUGCCCGGUCUGACCCAAAAUUCCGGGUUCGAAAACGCCGUCAUAACCUUCAAGGUAUCUGCGCGAAACGCCAACCAGAAAAUCGGUGUUAACUAUGAGUCCAUGGGUGGAGCGGUUUUUUACCGGGACCAAAAAAUCGGCUACACGCCGUUACUUUUUCCGUUUUAUCAAGAGCCCAAGAACACCACGGAGGUAGACGGCGAACUUAGUGGCGCCUCGUUGACCGUUAGUAGUGAGCGGUGGUCGGAGUUCCAGAGCGACAGGACUGACGGUAGCGUGGUGUUCCGCUUGGAAUUAACGUCUGUGAUCAGAUUCAAGAUUUCAACGUGGAAGAGCAAGCGUCACACGAUGCACGCCAACUGUGAUGUGGGAGUGGGAUCCGACGGUUCCCUGUUGACCAAUUUCAAAGACAAGAGAUGCCCCGUUUAUUUCUCUUGAACUUUUAAGUAAGAAAAUGAAAAGAAAAAAAAAAUCACUAAUUUCUUUCUGCUCUAAAUAAUUCAUUAACUUAUUUUCUUCUUUUCUUUUUUCACCCUAUUUUUAUUAUCUUAAUUUUUAUUUUUUUCACCCUAUUUUUAUUAUCUUAAUUUUUAUUUUUUUAAAA